AAAAAAAAGAGUCCUACCCUUUAGGACAGAGAAAUGCCUUCUAUUACAUAUGGAAAGUAGGUUCAAAUCAUUCCCUAAUGCUAUUCAUUCCAGAGCAUAUUCCCCAUACCUUCCCACAAAUCCUGUAUAAUUUCUUUUUGAUCUUCUAGAUUGGCCUGGGCUAAAAAUAUUCAAGAUCCUCAGAUUGCAGUGGGUUCCCAUUCCCCACUAGAAAAGAGGAUUAAGAAUUUAGGUGGCAUCCAUUCUUCAGGAGUGAAAAAACUGUAAGCCCAAGAGUUUCAGCAGGAGAAUGAAGCACUUGCUAAACUUAAGGCCACAUCUUUUGACUUCCGGUUUGCUAAAGCAGAGGAAUACUACUACCAACGAUAUCAAGAAAUGAUGAUGGAAGAAGCAUGGGACUACAAAAUGGUUCCAAAGUGGGAGAUUAUGAAAACAGAGGAGGAGGAGAAGAGAUCACAAAGCGAAAAGUCGGAAGAUGCCAACGCGUGGGAUUAUCUAGUGUCUGAAAGAGAGCUAAAUCACAUAGAGAAACACAUAUACCGAGCCGAACGAGCAAGGGGCCUCAGAGACCAAAAGUAUCAACUGCUCCCUCAGAAACUUCCAAGUGAAAUGCUUUUCCCAAAAAUAUUAACACUGGAGGAUGAAAAGAAUGAAGAUAUCCAGAAAACACACAAAACGAAAACCGGAAAGCACAAGGUAGCAUGGGCAAAGAAUCAGAUGAAGGGACAUAAAGAUCAAAUGAUUAGAGGAAGAGAACUCUCAGAGCAAAGAAAUGAUCAAAGAGAACCUUGGAAGCUCUCCAGUCAAACUUCUCCUCUCCUAAAACCUCAAGUGGAGAAGGAGGAGAGAGUGUUUGAAAGGGUCACAGCUUAUCCUAUCUUCCAGCCUUACCAGAAAUCAUGCAUAGAAGUGAGCAUCCUGAGGGAAAAAUCGAAAGAAGAUAAAAUUCAAAAACCACUCCGAAGGGAGUUCUUGAGUUUGCCACCUUUUCUGAGAAAUCAACUAAAAAGGAAUAGAGUUUAAAUUAUUUUUUGAUUACUGCAUUUUUAUAUAUUUUAUAGCAAUUAUUGAAGUAAAAUUGUAGAAAGUAGACAAAUGAAAAAGCAACUCACCAUGCAUACUUGAAAAUUAUGGUUCUACGUGUAUGAUUCCAUUUAUGUGAAAUGUCCAGAAAAGGCAAAUUUGUAGGCAGAAAGUAGGGUAGUGGUUGGUUAGAGCUAAGGGAUAAGAAAGUUAGAUGAGUUAGGGAAAGUGAUGGCUGAUUGGGUACAGGGUUUCAGAGGACUGUGGGGAGCCAUUCUCACACGUGACUGGGCAACUCCCGGUUUGGGUCUGAGGCACUCUGGCUAAA